UCUUUGAUUAGAUCUGUACUGUGUCCGUGACCGUUGAAGAGAACGCGUGUGGCUUGGUUUGUGCUAACAGUGUGUUGUGCGUCACGAGUUGUAAUCCGCCAGAACCCGUCUGUAAUCAAGGGAAGAUCUGUGUGUCGUCAGAUUGGGAUACGUUGAUCUUCCUUCGUCUCUGCACUAUCGGCGGGCUGUAUAAAGUAAGACUCGUUUUGCAGAAAACUUACUUCGCGGAGCGGAGUCUUAACACAUGAUCCCAACUCGCACAAUGGCUUUCAAGAUCUUCAUCAUAGCCGCUGCCGUGGUUCUUGUACUUUCGACAGAGAUUCCUGAUUCUAGUGCUGGCCCUGGACGUACCAGGGCGGGCUGGUGGCGCACUGGCUGGCGAGGUUUGCCUGGCCGCUGCACAUGGACGGCGCGGCGGGGCGAGCCCGUGGCGUGGCAGGCAGCGCUGGCGGGGACGGGCCGCGAUGUGCCGCCAUUGCUUAUGUGUGCGCCUGGACGAACCUGGCGCCCGUCCUGGCGGCUGGCGGCUGCUGGCGGCGGGCCCCGCCCCUCGCCGCCGCCCGUAGGCCGCGGCGUGCAAGUUGGCGCCAGCGCCGCCACGCCCACCAAACGCCGCACUCCACCGCGCCCCGACCGCAGGCGGCAGCCUCACCCGGCGAACACCCGGGACUCUUAUUUCUCCGGUGCUUGCCCCGAGGACCCUCCAAGGGUCGAGGACCGUCGCUCUCGGCCAAACGCUUCAGGACCAGACACAUCCAGCGUCGAGAGUCUCAUCGUACGUGCGCCAGAUCAAUAG